AAACGGACCCCACACCUCACAAAGCUUGCAUUUUUAUCCACUGCACAAUUCACACGCAGUUUUAUUAACAAUAAGCAGAGAGACAGGGAUACAAGAGAAGCAGAAGCUAAAUACUACUCCAUAGCGUAGCGUUUUCGAAAUUCAAAAGGCCAAAGCUCAGAGUAAGCUGGUUGUUCGAUUGUUCAAGGACUUCCUUGUUAUUCUGUUUAUUGGAGUUAUUUUGGAGUAGAUCACUGGUAUGUUUGGUGAAGUGGAAGUCUGCAGUACUGUCAGAAUCAUUGCUGAAAACUUGGACAGAAAUGGAUUGGUUCCACAGAGGUCUAUAGUAACACACCUGUUGAAGGACUUAUUGAGCAUGAAGGCCAGCAAGGAUCAUGGUUACUUUCUUGCAGUAACUAAUUUGAAGAGCAUAGGCGAAGGGGAAGUGGUGAACAAGUCUGGCGAUGUGUUGUUCCAUGUAGAGUUUAAAUGUCGAACCUUCAUGCCUAUGAAAGGAGAAAUUUUGCAGGGGGUUGUUCAUCGCACAUUUAGACAUGGAGUCCUAUUGAGAUGCGGACCUGUCAAGUAUAUCUUCCUCUCAGCUAGGAAAAUGCCAAAUUACCAAUAUACUUCCGAGGAAAAUCCAGUCUUCUUGAACGAUGAGCUUGCGAGGAUAGAGAAUAAUGUGCUAGUCCGUUUCUCUGUGCUUGACGUGAGAUGGAUAGAGAAAAUGUGGGAUAUGAGAAGGGAUUUCAUGAUGCUUGCAAGUUUAGUAGGUGAUUCCCUCGGACCAAUUUCAUUAUGUGGAUCUGAUGAGUUAGACUUAUAGAUGUUUAGAUCAGCAUUACUGUUCUGCUUGUGCAAAAAAUUUGGACUGCUUGUCUGCGCUGUGAGCAUGAAUUUUAAAGUGUAAACUGUGUUUUAACAUCGUGGAAAAUUUAUGAAGCAUUUUACUUGAGUA